UUGUUUAGUGAAAAUCUCACAAAGUGUUUUUUUGAAUACGUUGGUUGCGAAUUUGACUAAUUUUGGAUGGAAAAUCAUCAUUCUCAUUGUUUCGAAGCAGUCUCAUAUUUUUUUUUAAAUUUGGGCUAGAGUGUCAUGGAAACAUAUGAACCAUUUAUUGCCCAAAUGUCAGUUUGAAAGUAAAUGCGUCAAAAACAGUAACAAAAUGUCCAUUGAACGUCUUAAUUCGUGAGAAAAAUUGAAAUAAUGGUGUUAUUUGGUGAUCGUGCUCAAAGAAGCAGACAGGUUGCUCAAGAAUUAAACAGAAGACAUCCGCAACGAAAUCGUAUUCGACAUGGAACAGCAGCCUCCGUGAAUAAACUUUUUACUCAAACCGGAAGUGCAUUAAAAAAUCGUCCAGCUAUUGACAAUCCACAGCGAAAUCAAAGGAACGAUGAUGAUUAUAAUAUCUUAGGUUCAAUUCGUGCUAAUCCCCAAAUCAAUUUUCAUGAAAGGUCUCAGCAAUUGAAUUUGAGUAGAGACAAAAUUGAAACUUUCAAACUAAAGUUCUUGCAUACAUUGAAAGAAGGUGAUGAAUAUAAACGAUUAGAUUUUUUAAAUGCUAGAAAUUUCCUAAGAAAAAUUUUGUUCACUGAUGAGGCUACGUUGACUACGAAUAGGAUAGUAUCUGCUCAAAAUUGCGGAUACUGGUCCAUUGAAAAUCCCUACCGAGUUAUAAACUGUCGAAUGACACCUUUCAUAUUAAACACCAUUACCGAAACUAUAGAUUCCACAGCCCUUUAAGAAAAAUGAUAAGGAAUGCCAGUAAAGUUGGCAUAUUUUUUACUUUCAGACGUGAACUAAAAAAUAUAAAAGACAUGCGCUUGGCUCAAUGAUACUGUUUGUAUGUGUGAUCUUAUUUUAUUAAGAGUAUAUUAAGGUUACUGUAUAGUGGAUGUAUAUUUUAUACAAGACCAUAAUUUUAAAUCAAAUGUAUAUGAAUUUUUUCUGUAGUAAAUAUAUGGUUUGUAGGUGUAUAUAUAUAUACA